GGUUUCUUUCGAUUUCGGUACUCAGUCAUAUACAUGUUCAACUCAACCACGUAUAACGUAUGGUUCAUAUUCUGCGAGGCUUGAUAUUACGUCUCAAUUCCAUUCUGGGCACGGGGCUAGCCUUGACUACUCUCGCAACCCGGUCUCCUUUCAUACUUUGAUAGAUUUUAUGGGGUAUUGAAUAUUUUACAUUCGCCAUGGAAGGAUAUACAUUCACGCCGCCUUCGGGCCCCCGCGAGAAGGGCACAAAAACUACGUUUUUGUUGACGAACAUAACAGGCAUAAACGACUUAAAGUCAUGCGCGCUUGCCAUGGUUGUCGAAAACGAAAAAUCAAAUGUGACGCUGCUACUACAAACACCUGGCCUUGUUCAGCGUGCGUGAGGUUGAAACUGGUUUGUGUACCUCCAACAAUUAAUCAGGAAGGUGACCAGGCUGGCUCUGGACUGGACUCUGAGGCAGAAUUUGGAGCGUAUCCAAUACCAUCAUCAUCGCAGCCAGAGUUAUUGCAACAUGACAUGGCUCAGCAAAAUAUUGAUACUACCGGCAAUCCUCACAUGCCGGACCAUAUGGCUUCGUACGGCGUAUAUUCGUCUUACAUACCCCAGAAUCGUGGUUUAUACGAAGACUUGCAAAGACCGCAGAUUGCUGUUACACAUCAUCCUUAUCAGGAUCCAUAUUUCGAAACCGUUGCUCCCCAGACUUUGCCAGCUGCAGACAGUGGCGUCUUUAUUGAUCCAGAUCAAUCUAAUGCUGGGGAUCUGAGCGAGGCUCUUGGUGAAUUAAAGAUUGACGAGAGUGGAAUUGCACCUUACAUCCGACAACAAAAAAAGGGUCCGGCCGAGCCUGCGGCUCCUGUUCAGGAAGAUUCGGACGAAGAAUUCACGCGGCUUAGCACUGGUGCUGGCUCUACUAUUCGCAUCCCACCGGCCUUAAUGCCUUCAAAUGAUGAAGCCGCGAAAUAUUUCAAAAUUUUCUUUGCUGACAUUCAUCCAUACGUACCCGUAGUUCACCGCUUACACCUGUAUCAGCAAUGGCGCAAUGAUCGCUCGGCGAUUUCUCCACUGCUAUUGGAAGCUUUAUUUGCUUGUGCAGCUAGGAUGUCUGAUGAUCCUGCUCAAGGUGCUCAAUGGCUCGCACUUGCUAAUCGGCAUGAGUCCAGCUUCAUGGACGUCCCACGAUUGAGCACUAUCCAGGCACUGCUUCUGCUACUGAAAGCGCGAGAAUCAAAUCCUAAAAAGGGAUACUAUUAUCGGUCUUGGCAGACCGUGAAAACGGCGAUUUCUAUGUCUAAAGAUCUUGAAAUUCACGAGCAUUACAGUACGCACCAAGAGGGAAAGCCCUGUGAUCUUGAACCUAUCGAAUGUCUUAUACAAACGAGAGUUUGGCAGACGCUGUUAGUUGUAGAGGUGAUGGUUGGGGGUCCCCAAGGUCGUUCCGAUUAUGAAGUAAAUCCUGAAACCGUCGAUAUGCGCCCAGAGCUACAUAUUCCUCAUCUAGAUCAAUUUGAGUUGGACCGCUCUCGACAGUACUCCUUUUUUGUCAAAAAUGCAUACCAUAUUCGUGUAUACACAGAAUUAUAUCACAAGAUAAAGAAACAGAAGGACUGGGGGGCGGACCCACGAUUCACGGAAAAUAACCCACUUUUUGCUGACUGGUAUCGUGGUUUGCCUCAAGAUCUUCAGGUCACAUACUCCGAAGAUGGAUCUCCGCCAUGGCUACCGUCGCAUUUCGUGGGGAACAUGCAUACGCAUUACCAUCUAGCUAUCAUCAUGCUUCACCGGCCUCAAUUAUUGGCAUCUAAAAAUUUCUCUUCCGGUGGCGGAUGGAGAACGCACAUGAGUUUGUGCUAUUCAUCUGCAAAGUGUUUAUGCCGACUACAAGAAGCUCUAAUUUCUCGUUUCGGACUACAGUCUCUGCGUUUCAUGCAACGAGGCAUUAAUUUCACCGUUUACGCAAUCUUGACUUGCACCAUGCUGCACUUGGUUGCAAUCACCUCUCCCGACCCCGAGUUUCACACUGACGCGCGCGACUAUUUUACCCGACAUAUGCGUAUACUUGAACAGUGCUCUACCACCUGGCCACUUCCUGAAAUCAAAGCUCAAAUAGAUGCCCUGAGACUGGCCUUCUCUGCCGACAUUACGCGGCCUUUCGAAUUGAAAAUGACUUUCCCUUAUGGAAGUCCCUCUGAGCCAUAUCAGCCCAGUCCUCCCGCAUUGGGAGAAUCGCAGUACGGUCAGUUUAGUCAACCUCAGGCUGCUAGCCCUCACCGACUGGGCUAUCAUCCAAUAACGCCGCCUAUUUCUGCGGGUGCUGAAGAUUCCAAACCAGAAUCUCCGCAAAUAUCCCAUUUGAACGUACUUCAUCAGCAUCCAGCCACAAGCCAGAGCUUGGGCGUCCCACUUGUCGACGAGAAUAGCUGGGAUCCUUCUCGUAUCAUGGCUUCGUGGGACAUGGCAUUCUCCGUCAAUCCAUCUAAUCUCCCUUCUGCCUCUCCACAUAUGGCGUAUAGCAAUGCCGGUUCAUCAAUAGCCGACACCGUCUCGCCACAGUAUUCUAUGCAAUACCCGACUCCUGAUAAGAUGAUGCCCAUAGACCACACGCAUACGUUGCCUCAGCAACCAUACAACCCUCAACCCAUCAUGACAGCGCGUGACUGGCAACAAAAUGUGGCAAGCGUAUAUGAUCCGCAUGGGUUGAAGCGCAGGUUCAAUCAUUCAGUGGAUCUUCCCAAUAACAAUGCCGUUAAACGAGCAAGGUGACCUGUGGAUCAGCCAAGCCUAGACACCGGCUAGAACCUACUUUGGAUGAGCCUGAUUUCACCCUGUGGUUUGUAUAUAAAAUACGAAUUUGGACAUAAUUUGUCUAACUUGAUUGAAGCAUUUACGGCAACGGCGUACAACAUGAUUUUGCGGAGGUACAACGGAAAUAUAACGGGAUGUAUUUUUGGUUUCAUUGGGCGCAGGUCUCGCUCACAACCAUUAUCUCCUUUAUCCUAGCGAAAAGUCA